AUGGUCGAGAGUGGGUACAGAGCUCCGGCGAAUGAGGAGGAACUCACAGAGGCGGAGAGGAAGCUGCUGCGUGAGAAUGUAGUUAAGGAUGCUAGGGCACUAGGUAUUAUUCAAGGAGCAGUUUCAGACCAAAUUUUCCUGAGGAUUGCAACUCAGGAAAGUGCGAAGGCUGCGUGGGACAUUCUGAAACAAGAGUUCGUUGGUGAUAAACAAGUAAGAUCUGUGAAACUUCAAGGUCUUAGGCGAGAUUUUGAAUAUACUCGCAUGAAUGAUAGUGAAUCUCUUUCUGUGUAUAUUGCUAAGUUGUUUGAUCUGAUUAAUCAAAUGAAGAGCUAUGGUGAAGAUCUGAGUAAUCAGAGAGUUGUUCAGAAAUUGUUAAUCAGUUUACCUAAGUCCUAUGAUAGUAUUGCAGCAGUGAUAGAGAAUACUAAGGAUUUAGACACCAUAGAUGCACAGGAUGUUGUAGCUAUCUUAAAAGGUUAUGAACAAAGGUUGGAUAGACAUGGAGAGAGCAGUAUGGAGAAAGCAUUUGCCAGUUUGAAAUUUGUCCCGAGGUCUAAUAAAUUCAAUGGUCAGCCAAACAGUAACAAAUAUCACAAGAAUUUUAAGCCAAAAGAGAAAAAACAAUGGAGUAACAAGGGUGAUUGGAGCAAUAAGGGUGGAUUCACUGUGAAGAAUGAGGCAAACAAUACUGGAGAUAAGUGUAAAUUCUGUGAUAAACUUCACUAUGGGAGUGAGUGUUGGGUUAAAAACAAAGUCAAGUGUCACAAGUGUAACAAAAUUGGGCAUAUUGCAAGGUAUUGUAAUAUGAACAAGACUGUGCAGCAUGUGAACUUUGCUAAUCAGGUUGAAGAAACUGGAAAUUUGUUUUAUGCAAAUCAUUCUGGAGAAGUGAGGAAGAUAAGUGAUGAAUGGUAUAUAGAUAGUGGAUGUAGUAACCAUAUGACAUCCAGAGGAGAUCUACUUGUUGAUAUUGACAGGAAAGUGAAAGCAAAAGUCCAAGUUGGCACUGGAGUUUUGGUUGAAGUUGAAGGGAAGGGAACAUUGAUCAUUGAAACUGUAACGGUCGAAGAUAUAUAA